AGGAUGAGCUCUCUGAUAUCCAGUCUGAUUCAGUCCCUCUGGAAGUGCGGGACUGGUUGGCUUCUACAUUCACAAGGGAAAUGGGAAUAGUGAGGAGGAGACCUGAAGAAAAGCCCAAAUUCCGAAGUAUUGUGCAUGCAGUACAGGCUGGAAUCUUUGUAGAAAGGAUGUAUCGGAGAACUUCUAGCAUGGUUGGAUUGGCUUAUCCAGCAGAAGUGAUAGUAACAUUCAAGGAUGUUGACAAAUGGUCUUUCGAUGUGUUUGCCCUAAACAAAGCAAGUGGAGAGCACAGUCUGAAAUUUAUGAUGUAUGAGCUGUUUACCCGAUACGACCUUUUGAGCCGUUUCAAGAUCCCUGUUCCCAAUCUUAUUUCGUUUGCUGAAGCUCUUGAAGUUGGUUACAACAAAUACAAAAAUCCAUACCACAAUUUGAUCCAUGCAGCUGAUGUUACUCAAACUGUGCAUUACAUAAUGAUUCACACUGGUAUCAUGCACUGGCUCACAGAACUGGAAAUUUUAGCAAUGAUCUUUGCAGCUGCCAUCCAUGAUUAUGAACAUACUGGGACCACAAACAAUUUUCAUAUUCAGACAAGGUCAGAUGUUGCAAUAUUGUACAAUGAUCGUUCUGUUCUUGAAAAUCAUCACGUAAGUGCAGCUUAUCGACUCAUGCAAGAAGAAGAGAUGAAUGUCCUGGCAAAUUUAAACAAAGAUGACUGGAGGGAGCUGCGUAGCUUGGUCAUCGAGAUGGUCUUGUCGACGGACAUGUCAGGACAUUUCCAACAAAUCAAAACAAUGCGACAUACUCUCCAGCAGUCAGAGGGGGUAGACAAAGCCAAAGCCAUGUCUUUGAUUCUACAUGCAGCAGACAUAAGCCAUCCAGCAAAAACCUGGGAACUGCACUACCGGUGGACCAUGGCCCUGAUGGAAGAAUUUUUUCGACAGGGAGACAAGGAGGCUGCUUUAGGUCUUCAAUUUUCCCCACUCUGUGACCGCAAGUCUACUUUGGUAGCUCAGUCCCAAAUAGGUUUCAUUGAUUUCAUAGUAGAACCAACAUUUUCUCUUCUUACUGACUCAAUGGAGAAAAUUGUUAUGCCUCUUAUAGAGGAAGCAUUAAAAUCUGAAAGUCCUGCAUUUAGGACACCCAGCCAGAAUAGUUUGGGAGUAGUAAGCAAUGCUGAAGCACAAAGAAGGCCAGGUUUUAAAAGCACAAGUGAUGGAGGGAGUCCCACAGAAAAUUCUCUAACAACUGUAGACCUAACAAGCUUUAAGAACAACUUGAUGAAGAUCAUUCAAGCAAACAAAGAAAGAUGGAAAGAGUUAGCAGUAGAAGAAAAACUUGUGAAAAAUGUUGGUGAACAGGAAAAAGACCAAAGCAGAAAUUCCACAGAUGCACAGUUACAGGAAGAGACAAGAAGGAUACAGAAUGAAAGUAGUCAGGGAAGCGAUGGCACAGCCUGUCCUCCCAGACCCGUCGUCCCACAAGUAGUCUCUUUGGACACUCCUCUAAAUGAUGAAUCCAACUCAGAACAAAGCACUAACUCUGAGCCGAACCCGAAAGAUCUCACCGAUACCCAGCAAGAACCCCAGCAAAGAGACCCACUGAAUGGCGAAAAGAACUCUAGCUGUUCCUUCCCCAUGCUCUCAGAGGCUGCUAUCUGUUAACUUCUUGGAUCAUACUGUUUCUGUGGAGAGUGAUUUGACAAAAUGAUCAAAAACAUAAAAUGUAAACCCCUGAGUUGGUAACUCAAGGCACUUAACAACUUGCAAGAUUUCAAAUGUAUUUGUUGUUGCUAUUUCCUCUUCUAUUCUGCUUUCUUAUACUUGCCAAAAUUCUUUUUUAAGCCAAAGCUGGACCUCACUGUAUUGCAUCACUGGCAUGAGACAUUUGUAGUUAACCAUGACACAUGUGAAAACAUGACAUUUAUCAUCUGCCCAGGAUUGCUGUUAUGUUCCACUGCUUCUGGCAUCCAAUGGAAGUGGACAGUCAGAAUGAAACGUUGUUAUAGAUAUUUGCUCAUGCAACUGUGCUGCAUGCAACAUUGAAGUCCUACUUGUUAGCUUCCUUAAAAUAUCUGGAAAUAAAAAUAAGCAGACUGUACAGGGAAGCUGUAGAGUUACAUGGACGAGCCUGUGGAGAUGAUGGAUUCUUCCCCUCUGUGGGAGC